CUUCGUGCUUGGAAUAUUUCUUUAAUGCUUGCAGCUGGCGCACUUGCACUCGGCGCCCUGGCAAGAACAGGAAGAACAGCUGCAGGCAGCGGUUCCGCAGGUCUGAGAUACGGGAGUUUGAGCAGUGAAUUGCAUGUUGGUUUAAGAUGGGAGUUAUCGACUUGGACUUUCGAUAGCGUCUACAAAAUUCCUGGGGCUUUUUAUACUAGCCCUUGCACGUUUUCGGCGGCAGGAAGAAGCGGACCUCGAACCGCCGUUCCUUGCAGCCACAUGCCUCCCCACCGAGGCGGUACUUUCGGACCCACAGAUAUAACGUCACCUUCCUUCUCAGUAGCCCUUUCCCUUCACUUCUACUUGUUAUUCAUUUGUCUCCUGCAUCCGCUGUGAGAAUUCUUGGUCGAAGACGAGUAUUUCAGACCUUCAGUACCCUGCAUUUACUCGAAGGUGUUUGCACCCGUUAACGCCACCGCAUCGAUACGGCUGAUGGUCUUAAUUAUUCUUGUCUGGGCAUCGGAGAGAUGGGGCGUGGCGUCCGUGGCGGAGCCGUUUCUCCGUCUGGUUUUGUCCAUCUGGAAUCGGGGCCCAGUGGUUGGGUUGAGAAUAAUUGGGGAUCCGUUCUUGGCUCACCGUUUUAGUAGAGG